UACCUGGACAGUCAGGAUGCCUUAGAAGUCCUCACCCCCACCACACUCCCAAACCUAAGCUGGGAAUCCUGGGGAGCCAUGAAGAGCCAGGCCUCACAGCACCAUCUGUCAUGAGCUUCAUUUCUUGCCUGUCACCUGCCUUGGCUCAACCAAGAUGGUACCUUCUGGACCAAACUUAAAACAAAUGGGAUAGAAUAGUGCCUGGUGCCUGUUCUGAAGACUGGGGGUUCUGUUGCCAUGACAUCUUUUCAGUAACUUCCCUUUGAGGUAUAAGAGAGCUGAUCAAUUUUCUGCUGCUCUGCAACCAAAAAACCUGGUUGGCAGAACCACCCACCCCAUGCCAGACUCAUCCCAAGAAUUCCAUUUAACCAUCAUAAUUUGUAGGAACCAUAGUUGACUCCAUUUGGUAUCUGGGGCCUUGAGAGGUUGAACCUUAGCCAAGGUUAAGCAUCAAAUUAGUGGCAGGCCAGGAUUCAAAGUAAAGCCACAGAGAUUUCCCUCUCCGCAGCUGGGAAGCUGAGACCAGAAGAGGUCAUAGACAGUGACUACAGGGGGUUCCAAGGGGGAGCCGAGCUUCGGUGCGGUGAGGUCACUUGUGAGCUCACAAUGCUGUUCACUUGGUGGGGCGGGGCCAAACGGGCCCCUGGGUAGAGGGCAGGGCCGAGGCAGCAUGGGCAGUGGCCUCUAGUGAACAGUCCUACCAUGGGAAACAGCAGUUCCCACAAGAGGACCAAAGCACCCAGUCAGGCCAGCAAGGACAGGCCGCCUGGCAUGGAGAAGGCCCGGCACAAGCAGUUCUUCAGCCACCUCAAGCGGAAGAAGCCAAGUGUGAGAACGGGGAGGCCCGAGAGGAUGCCCACAGCUUCACAACACGUCACUUUCCCCUUCUUUCAAUGGCGAGAGGCCCCUGACUCGGCCCGGGUGGGUGAGAACCCCCGCAUCAAGGCUGGGAAAGCUCUGCCCCGCAAGACCGUUACACAGCUCAAGAAACGCUGCUGCUAUGUGUCCCUGGAUUUCCAGGGUGACAUCUGUGACCCUGCCCGCCACCAGAGGGCCUGUUUUUGCCUGGGCAAUGGCUGCUACGUCAACCUCGGAAGCGAGCGCUUCCGCUGCCCUGAACCCCUCUUCCAGCCAAGUCUCCUAGGCCACUCGGAGCCAGGACUGCCCACACUGGCCUUCCAGGCACUGCAGAAGAUACCCACUACACUGCGGACACGGCUGGCCAAUACGGUGGUGCUGGCUGGUGGUUCCACCCUUUUCCCCGGCUUUGUGGAGCGCAUGAAUCUGGAGCUACAGGCACAGUGCCGGAAGCAUGGGUACCGGGCCUGCCUGGUGGCUCAGCCUGGGCGCAGCACGGCUGUGUGGACUGGAGGUUCCAUGAUGGCCUCCUUGCACUCCUUUCAGUGCCGCUGGAUGACGAGGGCCAUGUACGAGGAGUUUGGCCCUUUUCUGGUGCGAGAAGUGUUCGAUUGAGUUUUCUACUGAAACAGAAUGCACGGUGCCACCAGGGGGUACUGCCGGAACCGAGGGGGCAAUGCUGUCCUAACAUGGAGAAUCGGAUAAACAGAUUGAAGUGUUUGCAGCUGCAA